CGUUCCUCCUACAUUCUGGAUAUCAUUCCCAGAUACGCCACCAGCAUCAAGUAUGAAGAUCUUCGCCGCUGUUCUCGCUCUGCUGCUCGCCACCUCGGCCUCCGCGUAUGAGGAAUCCCACGUUAAAGUCCGCUCAAGCAAGGUUGUGAGCGAGCACCACGUUGAGGAGCGCGUGGUGCACCAGGAGGCGUUGGCCAAGAAGCAGGAUAUGUUCUACCGCAUGGCCAACAUGAAGUCCACGCCGUGGGACUCGCAGCCUGAGGAGCGCAAGGCCAAGUGCGCGGAUCUGUGCAUGCUUAACGACUUCUGGGAGUUCCAGCAGGCGCGCAACUGCCUCAACCGCCCCACGAGCCUCUGCUCCGUCUACAAGAACGGCCUCUCCUCCAUGGACGUGGUGCUCACUGUGGCCGAAUGUACCUGCAACAGUACGAGUGCCUCCUACUCCGACGAUGGCAGCGCUUAAGUCGAGAAACGAGAGUCCGGUGUAGUAUUGACUCGUGGCCGUUAGCUGCGUUCAGCUUCACACCAUUUGUACACGAAAAUACAUGAAAAUCCUUGGCUAGAACUCUGCUAGACGUGCUCCAUACACAGUCUUCUACCUGCAGCAAAGGAGCCAUGAAGCGGCUGCUGCGUUGCUCGAUAUGUGGAGCUGACAGCCGCCCAAGUGCUCAUUUCUCGUGAUGCUGUCUGUAGCUUGACCUGAGUCGCCAUAACUUCUAUCUAACAGGUGGAAUCGAAAUACCUGUAGGAACUAAUAACAUGUCUCCAUGAGUAAC